AUGGCAGCAAAUAGAGCAAAUUUAGAACGUAUCUUUAAGCAAUUGGAUACCAAUGGUGACAAUAUUCUAGAUGUAAACGAAUUGUCUAUUGCCUUUGGAAAAGCUGGACAAAAGCCAUCUCUCUCUGAGAUUUAUGCUAUGAUUCAACAAGUAGAUUCAACUGGUAAAGGAACUGUAUCAUUCGAUGAUUUCUGUAAGUUGGUGGAAAGAGUUCAUAGAGGUGAAUUACCAUCAUCCACCGGUAUUGCUUCAUUAAUUAAAGGUGCUUGGGAAGAUUUUAUCGUCUCUGUCAAUAAACCUGUCGAAAAGAACAUUCCAACCAAGGUUUCAAAGAAGGGUAAAGGUGAGGCACACGCUGAAGCUCCACAAGGUGAAAAAUACAAAAUUGGAGGUAAAACUAAAAAAGCAACCUACAAUCAUUUACCACAAAAGAAAUCUUUAGUUGAUUUGCCAUAA